AACCUGAGGCUUGACUUCCAAACCGCUAGGCUCGGCCGAUAUUUUCUUUACCUAUAUAUAUCUGACGCUUUUCCUGUCUUUGAGCAAGUCAUAGCGCAAUACGUGUUAGCUGAAAAUUUGACGUUGGAUAAGGAUAUUUUUCUCGGAAGGUAAUUUUGAUCUGAAAAACAAGGAACCAUGGCUCUUGUAUCCGGAGGAAGGUCUUCACUGAAUCCCUAUGCCCCGCUGUUCAUCCCGGCGGCGGUGCAGCAAGUGGAGGACUUCUCACCCGAGUGGUGGAACCUCGUCACCACCGCCACCUGGUUCAAGGACUACUGGCUGAACCAGCACCAGGGGGAGGACAUCUUUGGCGAGGAGACUGAUGGCAACGACGUCGUUGGAUUGUUGCCUGAUAACUUUGACCUUGGUAUUGAUGAGGACACCCUAAAUAUGGAAGAACAGUUUGAGGAGUUCCUCCAGUCUGCUGAGGGCCAAAACUACCAUGGAAGUAAGGCUGCCAUAGGAAUCACUGAUAGUGGCUUCAGCAAGAAUUCGACGCUGGUGAAGACUCUGAGCAUGCCGAAGGAGAGAGGCUACUUGUCGCCACGAGAGGUGAUGAAGUGGGAGAAGCCUGCAAAGAUUGUGAGCCCAAGGUGCAGCCCUCGAUUCAUCCAGCAACCUCGUUGAGAUCCAAGGUUGGAUUAGGUUGUUAGCUCUCUACAUAUCUGCAGCAGUGUUUGUUUUUCGUGUAGCUUUUUUUUCUGUAUAGAGCAAGGUUUCGCUCUCUCUUGUACUUAUAGCCUUGUUCAUAUCCUGACGUCCCUUGUUUAGCUUUUACUAAAUUGAAAAUGUAAAAAAAGAAUGAAACAGAUAUUGUAAGAGCUCUACUUAUAUGAAGAAAAGUAAUUCCAAAAA